CGGCCAGGUGGCGGAGACGGAAAUGCUCGCCCUCUCAUUGGUCGAACGGGUCCUUAUGCUAAUGAGAGGGCGUGUGCCGGGUGCCGGAGACUCUCAGCCCUCAUUGUGUUAGGAUCCUCCGGUAACACACACCGGGACCUGGACCGGUGCUUACCGGGACUAGCGGACCAGGAGCGUCAUGGAACAUAACAUCCGGUCGAAUGGAGGAUAUUAGAUAUUAGAUAAAUGUAAUAUAACAAAUAAAUAAAAUAUAUCAUACCGAUAUCGGCUCAGCGGACCGCGAGGAAAUGCUUUGAACCUGAUGCUUCUGACAGUGGCCACCGCACUACUGAUCACUUCCGGUUCACUUCCUGGAUGCCCUCAGUACUUCCUGUGCACAGUGAGGCCUCCUUCCUGCAUGGCGUGGUAACAUCACUUCCUGCCCCGCCCCUUCACCGCUUCAGACACAAUGGGCCGUCCUGGUUGGCUGUCGCCGUGGGAACCGUCUCCAGCGCUGCUCGUCCUAUUGGUGCUGGCUUCCCCCAUCCGGGCUGAAGCCCCGCCCUUCCCCAUGGACCUUCAGCCAAUCAGCGUGGUGCGCUGGGAGGACUCGCGGCGGUUCCCGGUCUUCCAGGGUCUGCAACCGGACAACGACACGCGGCGGCUCGGCCUUGACUACCAGACCAUGACCCGGGUCAGGAGCACCUUGUACAUAGCAGCCAGGGAUCACGUGUUUGCGGUCAACCUCAGCAGAGCGGCCCAGGACCUGGACCUGACCCCCCAGCUGCGGCUGACCUGGACGUCUGAAGACAUCAACACGUGUUCAGUGAGAGGAAAGAAGAGGGAUGAGUGCCAUAACUACAUUAAGGUUCUGGUUCCGAGGGACGAUGAGACUCUGUUUACCUGUGGAACCAACGCCUUCAACCCCACCUGUCGCCACUACCAGAUGAGCAGUCUUCAGCAGGUUGGGUCAGACCUCCCUGGUCAAGCCCGCUGUCCCUUUGAGUCGAGCCAAUCCAGCGUGGGCCUGUUCUCAGGUGGAGACUUCUACUCCGCCACGGUGACGGACUUCCUGGCAAGCGAUGCUGUGAUCUACCGUAGCCUUGGCGACGGGCGGCCCGUCCUCCGCACCGUCAAGUACGACUCCAAGUGGCUCCGUGAGCCCCGGUUCCUCCAUGCUAUCGACUACGGCAGCUACGUCUACUUCUUCUUCAGCGAGAUCUCUGUGGAGUACACAGCGCUGGGCAAGGUGGUGUUUUCCCGCGUUGCGCGGGUCUGUAAGAACGAUAACGGAGGAUCGCCGAGAGUCCUGGAGAAAUACUGGACCUCCUACCUGAAGGCCAGGUUGAACUGCUCGGUUCCUGGUGAUUCCUUCUUCUACUUCGAUGUGCUCCAGUCUCUGAGCGACGUGCUGCAGGUGAACCAGCGGCCCGCCGUGGUGGGCCUGUUCACCACACAGAGCAACAGCAUCGCAGGCUCGGCGGUGUGUGUGUACUACAUGGACGACAUCGAGAACGUUUUCAACGGGAAGUUCAGAGAGCAGAAGAACACAGAGGGGACCUGGACCCCCGUCCCAGAGGACCAGGUCCCAGUGCCCAGGCCCGGGUCGUGUGCCGGUGACGACUCCGCGGCGGCCUUCAGCUCGUCGGUUCGAUUCCCCGACGAGACGCUGACCUUCAGCAAGACGUCCCCUCUGAUGGACGAGGCCGUCCCCUCGGUCAACAACACGCCCUGCUACACCUCCACCUCCAGGGCCCGUCUGACCCAGGUGGCGGUGGACCCCUGGGCGGGGCCGGCCCAGGACCGGGUGGUGCUGUUCCUGGGCUCGGAGGACGGCCGGGUGCUGAAGGUGCUGGUCAGCACCCAGCGGGCGGAGGACCUCCACCCUGACGACACCCACACCACCCACCUGCUGGAGGAGAUCCAUGUGUACAACCCCGACAAGUGCGCAGCGGGCAGCAGCAGGAGGGUCCUGGGCCUGGUCCUGGACCGGGCCCACCGGGGGCUGCUGGUGGCCUUCAGGGGCUGCCUCAUCAGGGUCCCGCUCAGCCGCUGCUCCCAGCACGGGGCCUGCAGGACCGCCUGUCUGUCCUCCCGUGACCCGUACUGCGUCUGGCUGCGGACAGGAAGUUGUGUGGACCUGGUGCCGGGCUUCAGGUCAGGCUUUGAGCAGGAUAUUGACGGGGACCAUUCUCUCUACUCUGAUGGUUGUCAUGCAGGAGCCGCCUCCACCACAAGGAGUCAGGACUCUGGGGGAGACUACGACCCGGACCAGGACCAGGGUGGUCUCCAGGGUCCUAGUGUCCCCUUCUCUCUUCUCGUCACCUGCGUCCUCCUGGCCUUCCUAUUGGGCACCGUUCUGUCCGGCUCUCUGGUGUCGUGUUACUGUCGCCGUGGCUCCUCCCAGAGGGCGGAGCUAGCACUCGGGAAGGAGCUCCAGAUGCCCCUCCCCCACACCAUGUCUCUCCACUCAUUGGCCAAGCUCACCGGGUUGCUGGACCAAUCACAGGAGGAGAAGCUGGCCUGCUCCUGUCCUCAGAUGUACGCCUCCUUGAUCCCCAGAGGAGAACCACUCCUCUCCUCCUCUCAGCUCCUCCCCUCCUCUCAGCUCCUCCCCUCCUCUCAGCUCCUCCCCUCCUCUCAGCUCCUCCAGCUCCUCCCCUUCUCUCAGCUCCUCCCCUCCUCCCAGCUCCUCCCCUCCUCUCAGCUCCUCCUCCAUCAGGUAACGCAGGACGACGCAGAAUUCUACCCACCCCAGCUGUCAAUCAAAGGGGAGGAGGACCACGCCCCCAGAGCUCUGCCUCCUCAUCCCGACCAACCGCUGCUCUCCAUCCUCCAUCACCAUGGCAACGCCCUGACCAACGGCUCCUCCUCGCGCCCCCCCCAGGAGAGGGGGAGCUCGGGGCCAGGGGGAGGUGGGGGGCAGGGGGAGUCGGCCCUGGAGGAGCUCCUCAAACACAUCCAGGAGGUGAGCGCCUCUGGCCAGGGGGGCAUCAAGGUCCUCACCUCCUCCUGCUCCUCCUCCUCCCCCUCCUCCUCCUCCCUCCUCUACCCGGGGCACACCCACCUUCACCAUGGCAACCAGCCGGAGAUCAGCCCCAACACGCGCUCCCACCACUACAACCUGAGCAGCCAUCACCAUAGCAACAGGACGGCGGAGCCGCCGGUGCCGGCCGCGGCGGGCGUCACGGUGACCACCCGCCACUCCCAGAGACACGCCCUCAUCAAGACGGGCGGCGACGGGGGAGGGGCCGUGCCAAGACCCGCCCACUUCCUGGCGCGCAUGAACACCAACAGUAGCAGCAACGGCCCCUCGAGCGCUGCCGCCGCCACGCAAGCUAGCGCCGCCGCCAACGCUAGCGCCGCGGCAGCGCACGCCAGCACUAGCGGGCUAUCGGCUAGUGCUAGCCCCGCCGCCGCCGCGCACGCUAGCCCCGCCGCCGCCGCCCAGGCUAGCAGCGACGCGGUACACGGCAGCACUACCGGGCUAGCGGCUAGCGCUAGCCUGACGCGGCAGCACAGCUACAGCGACGGGCCCCGGGGCCCGCGGGCCGCCGCCCUGUGGAGGACGGGGUCCCUGAAGCCCCCGCUGCCCCCCAAACCCCUCCUGCUCCACCGCCCCUGCGCUACACCACCUAGCCCCAGUGCUACACCACCUAGCAUCGCUACACCACCUAGCACCACUGUUACACCACCUAGCAUCGCUACAUCACCUAGCAUCAGCGCUACACCACCUAGUAUGGCUACAUCACCUAGCACUGCUAGUACCAGCACUACACCACCUAGCACCAGUGCUACAUCACCUAGCCCAAGCGCUACACCACCUAGUACCACCACUACACCACCUAGCACGUCUACACCACCUAGCCUCGCUACACCACCUAGCACCAGCGCUACACCACCUAGCACCGCUAGACCACCUAGCCCCAGCACUACACCACCUAGCACCACCACUACACUACCUAGCCCCAGCACUACACCACCUAGCACCACAGCUACACCACCUAGCCCCAGCGAUACACCACCUAGCACAGCUAAAUAACCUAGCACCACCGCUACACCACCUAGCACCGCUUAAUCACCUAGCACCACCACUACACCACCUAGCGCCGCCAAAUCACCUAGCACCACCUCGCACAGCUACAGGUAGGUACAGACACUGGGGACACAGCAAGCCAGCUAACAGGCUAAUGACAGCUUGCCAGCUAGCAGGCUAAUGACAGCUUGCCAGAUAGCAGGCUAAUGACAGCUAGCCAGCUAGCAGGCUAAUGACAGCUAGCCAGCUAGCAGGCUAAUGAAAGCUAGCCAGCAUGCAGGCUAAUGACAGUUAGCCAGCUAGCAGGCUAAUGACAGUUAGCCAGCUAACAGGCAUACAGUCAGACAGACAUUAAGUCGGACAGACAUGGAGAAAGACAGACAGACAUCUCACUUCAUCCUUUCAAUAUGAGGAACAGGCACAUAAUUAAUAUACACAUAAUUGUUGUAAUAAUCCAUAUUUUGAAUUAUUGGUUUGCCCUGAUGGCAAACUGCUGGACUGACCAGAGAAGACGAACGUUUGAGUCACCAAGUGGCAUAUGAAUUGUUAAUAUUGAUUAUUAAUAUGGUUUAUUAAUUAAUAUGUCUUAUUAAUAUUGAUUAUUAAUACGGUUGCCGACUGGUUGCCGACUGGCAUGACUUCAGAUUAUGCAAUAGUUUAUAACUUCUUAUCCUCCCGGGGUCCGGCUGACUAGUGGAGUGUGAAGGGACUGAAGUGACGAGGUCUGUGAUCCCGUCCGUCAGCUUUUGAUAGAAUUGAUUUUAAAUAAAACCCUUUGCUA